GGAAGGCCAUUGGUGGAGGAAAUGUGCGAAGAGCUUGCAAAGGAAAUUGGGAAGUAUAUGGUUGAAGACGAAGCGUUGAAGAAGGAAUCUAAGAAAUUUUGGGAGGAAAUAAAAGAUGAGAGGAAGAUGUUGCAGAUGGUUGAGGUCUGGCGUGAAGACAGGUUUAAAUGA